AUGAUAGAAAAGCAGGCACCAUUUCUUCAUGCUGCUUAUCUUGCAGACGAUAUUUGGUAUGAAGUUUUCCGAUUAUUCCACGCUGAACUUGCUAGUAUUGAUGCAUCUUGGAGAUUGGUAGUAUUUACUUUGGAAUUAGAUUGGCGCGAUUGUCAUGAAAGUUUAACUUUGACCGAUUAUUUCGCAAAAUUCGGAGAUAGUUUGGAGCAAGUAGAAUUACACGGGUCAUCACCUUUUUUGAGUGAUGCAUUGUCCUUUUCUAUUGGACAAUAUUGCACAAAUCUUAAGAAACUUACGCUUACUUUGACAAUCAAAAACUGCGAUUUGGAUGACAAACCAUUAUUAAAGACUAUCGAUCUAUUAAAGAAAGAUAAAAUAAAUGAUUACAAUAUUCCGUUACUUCCAAAAUUAAAAUCAUUUUCUUACGUGCAGUCAUGCACAUUUAAUUCUGGAAAUAAGUUUACAUCUACUGGAUUAAUUCGACUUUUGGAGGCUUUUCCUAACCUUACUGAUCUUACUAUUAUAACUUUUAAUUCAUCAUCAAUUGUAAAUGAUGCAUCAAUUAAAAACAUAAUUCGUAAACUAGAGAAAUUAGAGAAUAUUAAUAUACGUAAUGCUUAUAAUGAUCAACUGCCAUUCCAUCAUUUAGAUAACUUUGAUUUGACUCUUGAAGGACUAUCAACUGCUAUAGCAAAACGUCCUCAAGUAAGACUUAGAGUAGGUGUAUUUGACAGUAUGGUUUCAUAA